GUCGGAGAAAUGGUUCUCCCCGAACCUGUUGUUUUGAGUCUGAUUCCGGCGGCUUCCAUCCUUGGCAUCAUAUUUGCGAUUUUCCUAUGGAAGAGAGUGUCAGCUAUCCAGCUGACUGGCGGCCGCCUCAUAUCGAGCCAGAAUGGCCGGGAAUACCUGCUGGAAGAGCAGCAGGGUGGUGGUGAGGAGGAGGUUGUUGCUAAGGCUGCUGAUAUCCAGAAAUCUAUUUCGGAAGGUGCCUCGUCCUUCCUGGCCACCGAGUACUACUAUUUGGGAAUAUUCAUGGUUAUCAUGGCAGUUGUCAUCUUCUCCUUGCUGAGCAUUGUGAAGCCGGAGGGCGACCGCACCCACAGCGAUGAAGUCCGAAAUGGCAUUUUCUCAACAAUCGCUUUCGUGCUGGGAGGUGCUACCUCGAUUCUGUCCGGAUACCUGGGCAUGCAGAUUGCAACGUAUGCGAAUGCCCGAACUGCUGUCGAGGCACGCAAGGGCAUUGCCCCCGCUUUCAUGUGCGCGUUCCGCUCUGGUGCUGUGAUGGGCUUCCUGCUUUCGGGUUUUGGUUUGCUUAACCUCUUCCUGGCUAUCUGCGUGUUCCGGAAGUUCUAUGGCGACGACCUGCGUGGUCUUUUCGAGGCAAUCACCGGCUACGGUUUGGGCGGCUCCUCCAUUGCGCUGUUUGGCCGUGUGGGCGGCGGCAUUUACACCAAGGCGGCUGAUGUGGGUGCUGAUCUUGUCGGCAAGGUCGAGAAGGACAUCCCGGAGGAUGACCCCCGCAACCCAGCUGUUAUUGCCGACAACGUGGGCGACAAUGUGGGCGACAUUGCCGGCAUGGGCGCUGACUUGUUUGGUUCCUUCGCCGAGUCAACCUGCGCCGCGCUCGUUAUUGCAGCGGUGUCGGAUCUUGGUAACAAGCACGGCUACACCGCCAUGAUGUUCCCACUCCUUGUGUCCGCCACGGGCAUCGUCGUUUGCCUGCUGACCACAUUCCUUGCUACGGAUUUCUACCCUGCCAAGAAGAUUUCCGAGAUUGAGCACGCCCUUAAGAUGCAGCUCAUCGUCUCCACCUUGCUGAUGACCCCGGUUGCUCUGGGUGUUGCUUUCUGGUCGUUGCCCGCAACCUUCGAAAUGAAUGUGCCCUCGAGCACUCCGGAUCAGCCAUUUGACGUCAAGGUUGUGAAAAAUUGGUACAUGUUUGUGUGCAUCGCGACGGGUCUAUGGGGCGGCCUGCUGGUUGGUCUGCAAACCGAGUAUUUCACCUCGAACCGCUACAAGCCGGUGCAGGAUGUUGCUGAUGCUUGCCGCACCGGCCCCGCCACUGAUAUCAUCUUCGGUCUGGCGCUUGGUUACAAGUCCUGCAUCAUCCCGACCAUUGUCAUCGGUGUUGCGAUUUACGUUGGAAACACACUGGCUGGCAUGUUCGGCAUUGCUUGCUGCGCCCUAGGCAUGCUGUCCACCCUGGCAACCGGUCUGGCUAUUGAUGCGUACGGCCCCAUCUCCGACAAUGCUGGUGGCAUCGCCGAGAUGGCUGGCAUGGGCGAGGACAUCCGCGAGCGCACCGACGCUCUCGACGCUGCCGGCAACACUACCGCUGCAAUUGGCAAGGGUUUCGCAAUUGGUUCGGCUGCUCUCGUUUCGCUGGCUUUGUUCGGCGCCUUCGUGACCCGCGCCCGGAUUGACAUGAUUCACUCCUCCAUCUUGGAGCCACGGGUGUUCGCUGGUCUGCUGCUUGGCGCUAUGUUGCCUUACUGGUUCAGCGCGAUGACCAUGAAGUCGGUGGGCAAGGCUGCUCUGGCCAUGGUGCAUGAGGUUCGUCGCCAGUUCAACACUAUUGCUGGUCUGAUGGAGGGCACCACCCGGCCUGACUACAAGAAGUGUGUCGCCAUCUCGACCCAGGCUGCCAUCUCCGAAAUGAUUGCCCCCGGUGCCCUGGUCAUGUUCACCCCCGUCGUUGUUGGCGCUUUGUUUGGCACCCAGUGCCUAGCGGGUGUGCUUGCGGGCAGCCUCGUCAGCGGCGUCCAGCUGGCCGUUUCCAUGUCCAACACCGGUGGCGCCUGGGACAACGCCAAGAAGUACAUCGAGGCCGGUGCUACUGAGCACGCACGCGAGCUGGGCGGCAAGGGCAGUGACUGCCACAAGGCCGCCGUCAUCGGUGACACCGUUGGCGACCCCCUCAAGGACACCUCGGGCCCCUCGCUUAACAUCCUCAUUAAGCUCAUGGCCGUCGAGUCGCUGGUGUUCGCUCCGUUCUUCUACAACUGUGCGCACGGCGAGGGCCUCAUCUUUGACUUCUUCGGCUGGACACAGUGAAAAGGCGGGUUGUUUGCGGGGCCUCGGAUUCCACGCGC